AUGAGCACCACUGAAACGACUGAGACUAAGCCAACUGAGCAUAUUUUCGUCAUAUGGGCCCCAGAUUAUACGGACGAUGAUGCCAUCAACCGACGUUUGGCGGUCCCUCUGUUGUAUCGAUAUGAAUCUUAUCCUUCAAUAAUGUAUUCCACAGGCGUCAAUGGACCAUUCCUCUCUGCAGAAUCCAUUGCCACCCCCGACGCACCAAAGAAAAUGUGGGACAAGGAAAAGCUUGUCAUAGCCCCAUUUUUGACAUCCGCAGAGUACGUGGUAGCAUCCUUUAACCCUCAUUUUUUGACCGACCUUUCGAAACCUCUAGGCUGUAGUCAAAUAAAUUUGCAUAGAUUGAGUAUGAGUGAUGAAAUAUAG